CUGCACCUGCUGCCCCAGAGGCCCCAGAAGCUCGGGCCUUGAGGAGAUGGCCGCAGGCGUGAUCCGGCCUCUUUGCGACUUCCGGCUGCCCCUGCCCACCCACGGGCCCUUCCUGCCCUCAGACCUGGAGCCCCAAGAGACUUCUGAAGAGGAGGAGGAGGAGGAGGAGGGGGAGGAGGGGGAGGAGGAGCUGGAGGGGGCGGGGCCAGAGGGCCGCAGCCCAGCCCCCCAGGCCUCAGGCUGGGCCCCAGAAGCAGCCCCCAGGGGUCCCAGCAGCCCCGAGAACCCCCUGCAGCUGCUGCGCUUCUCUGAGCUCAUCAGCGGCGACAUCCAGCGGUACUUUGGCCGCAAGGACAGGGGGCAGGACCCGGACACCCGUGACAUCCGGGAGGACGACAGCUCAGCCCAGGGCCUCCGCUGUGCUGACCUGGUGAACCGGGCUCCGGGUGGGCCCCCCGGUGGCGAGGAGGCUAUGGAGCCCGGCGUCCUCUCCCCGAGGGGUCCCGAGGGGCAGGCACGCGGGCUGGGGCCCCUGGCCGAGCUCUUUGACUACGGGCUGCGGCAGUACUCAGGGCCCAGGGCCCCGGCCGGCCGCCGGCUACGGCUGGAGCGCAAGUACGGCCACAUCGUCCCCAUGACCCAGAGGAAGCUGCCGGUCUCCUUCUGGGAGGAGCCGGCGCCCGGCCCCCUGGGCCUGCUCCGCCCCGGCACGCCCGACUUCAGCGACCUGCUGGCCAGCUGGUCUGCGGAGACCGGCCCCGAACUGCCCGGUGGAGGCCCCCAGACCCUGGAUGGGGUGCAGCUGGCCGAGGCCUAG